GUCUUCAUGCCCCAAAGCCCACGCCACUCUCUAGCGGAGGUCGCAUAGUUCCCUCUUUCUCUCACUUCGAAACACAAAACAACAAAUAACAAUAAAACCACCCCUCUUCUUCAAGUUCUGGAGAGAGAAACUGGAACCCCAAUUGCUCCACCCACGAUUCCAAUUAACCCUUUUCAUGGCUGGCAUUUGUGCCCAAACUUUAGUUUUUUUGGCAAAUUUGGUAUCACUCUGGUGAAACGAAGGAACAAUCCCCUUUUUCCAAAACCCUAGGAGAGAGGAAUUUCGAGUUGGGACGGCCUCGAAUUGUGCCCUAGCUUCAAAUUUCGGCGACCGUUUUCGCGCGCUCAGUUUUAGAUGGGAAGUGAUGCCCUUGGAUUUUAAGGGUGGGAAUGCGUGGAUGUAACUCAGGUUCUGCUCUCCUUGUAAAUGCUGAGGUUGAUUCCAUGGGAGGAGUUGUUGAUGGUGGAGUUGGUAUAGGUCUGAAAACCUCUCCGCGCCGAGCAGCUAUUGAGAAGGCUCAAGCAGAGCUUAGACAGGAGUAUGACGUUCGUGAAGAAAGGAGAAGGGAAUUAGAAUUUCUUGAGAAAGGUGGGAAUCCGCUGGACUUUAAGUUUGGAAAUGCUGCUUCAGUUAGUGUACAGUCUACAUCAUUCACUGAUCAGCACCAUGAGCAGUUGGUGACCAGUGAAGCUAAAGGUAGUUUUGCAUUGACUGCUUCUCCUCACGGUGACUCUGUUGAUAGUAGUGCUCGACCAGGGGCUCCUUCUCUUAGUGAACCAAAUACUGCUGAUAACCUCUUACUUUUUGAUGGUGUAAAUGAGUUGGCCGAAGGUGAAAAGCGGUCUCUACAUUCCAGUAAAAGGAAUAAUAUUGCACCAUCAGAACAGUCUUCUCAAAUUGGUGGGACUCAAAUUGCUAAGGAGACGGAAGAUUCUGCUAUUUUCCGCCCAUAUGCUCGAAGGAACAGGUCCAGACCAAAUCAUGGUCGGGGUGCUUCAAGGGAUGGGAAAGGGUUACUAUCGGAUGCAAACAAACAAAAGGAGCACAUUGUGCCUUCUGUUUCUAAGACAAAGCCUGCUAGUUCAAAUGGUGAGAUAACAAACAAUCAAACAACUAAUCAUCCGGUGGAUAAUGAAUUGCCUGGUGUCCGGGCUCAUCAAACUAUUGGUAGUGCUAGUGUUCCUGAAGACAAAUUGGACAUUACCUCAUAUAGAAGAAACUUAAAGGAUCAAUCUAUUCUACCUUCUCAGGAUGAUGCUUCACAAAAACCUAUUAUUGUGCCUCCUGGGGAAGCAAAUGUGGUUGGAGAGAAGGACCCACCAGCAGCUUCAGCUGAUCUUGAUCCUCCACCUUCUGUAUCUACUACACCACCAGGACAUGAGUGUUGUUCUGGUCAGCCAAAUGGAUUUGGUAACUUGAAAGUGGACAAGAAAGGUGCACCAAAAGAAGGCCAAAAUGCCAAUGAUGCACUAGGCAUGAAGUAUUUCGAUUCAGAGUCCUACACACAAACUAGUUUAGCUAGAGAUGUAAAUAAUGAUAGUGAUUGGUGUACCAAUACAAAGAAUGUUGAAGCAAAUGGAAGUACCAUUUAUCAUCCAUCAGAGUUUGAGAUGAAACUGUAUUCAACCGGUUGUGAAGUUUUGAAUGAAAGGAAUAUGACUAAUGCUGGCGAAAGUGGUUCUACUGUUGCUGAUGAACAUGUUGAUGGUUUUCAAAAUAAUUCUGGUCAAAUGGUCAAAAGUGACAAUGAGAUCCUUAUUAAUAACUCUUGCAUGCAAAACAUGGUGAAUGAUUCUUCCAAUAUGGAGGGAGUGCAUGACAAUGAUUCUACAGUAUCAAAAUCUGGUAAAGAGGAAAGUGGUGUCUUGGUGGAUCAUUCCUGUUAUGUCAAGGAAAGCAGAUCUGACAGGCAUCAAGUUAUUAUGGAUAGGUCAAUUUCAGAGACUCCUCAAACUGCUUCAGCUGAAACAGUCACUGCUGCUCAGCCUGGUUAUCAACCUUGUUCUACAUACCAGUUGAAGCUAACAGACAAGGCUCGUGAAGAUUCUAUUUUAGAAGAAGCACAAACUAUAGAGGUUAAGCGGAGGAGGAUUGCUGAGUUAUCAAUUCACACGUUGCCCACACAGAACUACCAAAAGUCUCAUUGGGGUUUUCUCCUUGAGGAAAUGGCAUGGUUGGCAAAUGAUUUUGCCCAGGAGCGUCUUUGGAAGAUGACUGCUGCUGCUCAAUUGUGUCAUCGAGCUUCUUUUACCUCCCGAUUAAGAUCUGAAAAACAAAACAAAAGUCUGGGAAUGAAAAUCUUGUCUCACAACAUAGCAAAAGCUGUCAUGCAGUUUUGGCAUUCAGUUGAGUGUGAUGCCGACGAUAACCUAAUUGGUGGUUUGGUUGAGUCUGGGACUGUUGAUUCAAGUGAAGCAUCUAGGGACAAUAGAAGAAAUUCUGAUACAGUUCUGGAGGCAAGCAAAUACAUGGAAGGACAACAUCAUGUAAAGAAAGCUGCACUUAAAGUUCGUGCAUAUGCAUUGAAUUUUCUAAAGGAUAAUAGAUCUCAUGGAAGAUCCUCUCAAGCUGAAGCACCCACAACACCUGAGAAGAUAUCUGACUCUGGGACUGUGGACAUGUCAUGGGAGGAUAAUCUUUCAGAAGAAAGUCUUUUCUACACGGUUCCUCCAUCUGCCAUGGAAUCAUAUAGAAAAUCUGUUGAAUCUCACUUUCUACAAUGCGAGAAAACUGGUAGUAGCAUUCAGGAGGAGGUUGAAACAUCUAUGUAUGACACCCCAGCAGAUUUUGGAUCUGAAGAGAUUGCAUAUGAUGAGGAUGAAGCAGAAACCAGUACUUACUAUUUGGCUGCUGCUUAUGAUGGUAGCAGACCACCGAAAUCUUUACAGAAACGGCAUAAAAACAGGAUAAAGUCUUACACUAAUAGGUCCAGUGAAGUUGGAGCUGAUUUGCCUUAUGCACGCUAUACAACUGGAACUCAGCCAUCCACGCUGUUCGGAAAAAGGCCUGGUAGUUUACAUGUUGGCCCAAUACCAAUAAAACGCAUGCGUACAGCUUCUAGGCAGAGAGUUGUGAGUCCUUUCUCGGGGGUCAGCGGGACAGCACAGGCUCAAGCUAAGACAGAUGCUUCGAGUGGAGAUACCAGUUCCUUUCAGGAUGAACAGAGUACUUUACAUGGAUCACAAAUCCAGAAAAGUGUGGAGGUGGAGUCAGCUGGAGAAUUUGAGAAGCCAUUGCCUUUUGAUUGUGCAGAAACAUCUGUUAAAACAAAGAAGAAAAAGCUAAAAAAUUCGGGUUCUACAUAUGAUCCGGCAUGGCAAUUGGAUUCUGUUGCUCUAAAUGAACAGAGGGAUCAUUCAAAGAAGAGAUUGGAUAGCCAUCACUUUGAAUCCAAUGGUAGUAGUGGUUUAUAUGGGCAACAUAAUGUGAAGAAGCCAAAGACGAUGAAGCAAUCGCUUGAUAACAAUUUUGACAAUAUUGCCCCAGUGACUAAUUCUAUUCCUUCCCCAGCUGCUUCACAAAUGAGCAACAUGUCCAACCCAAGUAAAUUUAUUAGGAUAAUUAGCGGACGUGACAGGGGCAGGAAAUCCAAAGCACUGAAGGUCUCUGCUGGACAGCCUGGUUCUGGAACCCCAUGUGCUCUAUUUCAGGCACUUGUUGUCUUGGUGCAUGAUAUGGGUCCAAAUUGGGAGCUUGUAAGUGAUGCUAUCAACAGUGCUCUUCAAUUCAAGUGUAUCUUUCGGAAGCCAAAAGAAUGCAAGGAGCGCCACAAGAUUUUAAUGGACAGAACUGCUGGCGAUGGUGCUGAUAGUGCUGAAGACUCGGGAUCUUCUCAGUCUUAUCCAUCUACACUCCCAGGAAUUCCAAAGGGUAGUGCCAGGCAGUUGUUCCAACGUUUGCGAGAGCCAAUGGAGGAGGAUACCCUGAAAUCUCAUUUUGAUAAAAUCAUAAAGAUUGGGCAGAGGAAUGAUUACCGUAGGAAUCAGAAUGAUAACCAGGAUAUAAAACAAUUAGCACCUGUCCAUAAUUCACAUAUGAUUGCUCUUUCUCAAGUCUGCCCAAACAACUUGAAUGGAGGUGUUUUAACGCCGCUUGAUCUGUGUGAUUCAAAUGCAACAAGCCCAGAGCUCCUAUCCAUUGGGUAUCAAGGUUCUCAUGCUGGCGGCUUACCAUUAUCAAAUCAUGGUUCUGUACCAUCAGCCCUUGCAACUUCUGGGUUGAACUCUCCUAUUACACCGUCUUCUGGUAUGGGUCUUGGAAAUAACUUGUCUUCACUAUCUGGUCCGUUGACUGCCUCUGUCAGGGAUAGCAGAUAUGGAGUUCCAAGAACCUCACCUUUAUCAGCAGAAGAACAGCAGAGAAUACAAUAUAAUCAGAUGAUGUCUGGCAGAAACAUGCAGCAAUCUAGCAUGUCAGUUCCUGGAACUCAUUCCGGAAGUGAUCGUGGUGUUCGCAUGUUGGCUGGUGGAAAUGGUAUGGGCAUGAUGGGUGGGGUGAACAGAAGCAUUGCAAUGCCAAGGCAGGGGUUUCAAGGGAUGGGAUCAUCAUCGAUGCUCAGCUCUGGGGGCAUGAUUUCUUCCAGUAUGGUGGGGUUGCCAAGCCCCGGAAAUGUGAACACUGGAGUUGGUGCCGGACCAGGCAACUCAAUGCUUAGACCUCGUGAGGCUCUGCAUAUGAUGAGGCCUGGCCACAAUCAAGAACAUCAAAGGCAAAUGAUGGUUCCAGAACUACCAAUGCAGGUCAGCCAAGGGAACAGUCAAGGUGUUCCAGCUUUUAGUGGGAUGAGUUCUGCUUUUAAUAAUCAGACAAAUCCACCACCUGUUCAAGCAUACCCUGCUCAUGCCCAGCAGCAGCAUCAGUUGUCCCAGCAACAGACCCAUCUCAGCAAUUCUCAUCCUCAUCUUCAAGGUCCUAAUCAUGCUACGAAUUCACAGCAACAAGUUUAUGCAUUCCGAUUGGCAAAAGAAAGGCAACUACAGCAACAGCAGCGUUAUCUGCAGCAGCAGCAGCAGCAGUUUGCCUCAUCAAAUUCACUGAUUCCACAUGUUCAGUCACAAACUCAGACACCCAUAUCAUCAUCACCUAUGCAGAACAGUCCCCAAGCGCAACCACAAAAUUCAUCUCAACAAGUAUCUCUUUGCCCUGUAACACCAUCACCUCCUAUGACUCCCAUAUCAUCCCAGCACCAACAGCAACGUCAGGCACAGCAGCGGCAGUAUCAACAGCCUAGUAGGCAGCAUCCUAGUCAGCCGCAGCAUGUACAGUCUCAACAGCAAGGUAAAGUUCCGAAAGGAAUUGGAAGAGGAAACAUGGUGGCCCACCAGAAUCGUUCUGUUGAUCCUACACAUCUAAAUGGUCUCUCCGUACCUCCAGGAAGUCAAACUGUUGAGAAAGGGGACCAAGUCAUGCAGAUGAUGCAAGGCCAAAACCACUAUCCUGGAUCUGGUUUGAAUUCAAAUCCACCCUCGAAGCCAUUGGGUACUGCUCCUUCAAAUCAUUCCCAGUUGCAGCAAAAGCUACAACAAUCUGGACCAGCAAACACUUCAUCAAAGCAAUUGCAGCCAAUACUAUCUACUUCUGAUAGUAGCAUUCAAGGGCAAGUUUCACCAACACCAUCAUCUCAUAUAACGUCACCUACACAGCCCUCUGUUAUUGCUUCUAACCAUCAUCAACUGAAGCUACAGUCUCAGCCAGAGUCUAAGCAAAUUAAUCAGAAUCAAUCAAAUGUUCAGAAAAUGCUGCAACAAAACAAUCAGGUGCAUUCUGAAUCAUCAAACAUAUCUCAAUCUGAUUCCCCUAGAGUCAACCGGCAGCCUGCAAACGGUGCUUCACAUUUUAAUACCAACACUGCAAUGUCUCAGGGUUGUAUGGAUUCUGCUGGUGAGCUAACAGCUGUUCCUACGGCAUCUCAAUGUAAAACAUCCGAACCUCCAUUUGAUUCCGGUAUUUCCAAUCUAGUUACACAGGUGAACUCUUUUGGGGGCACACCUGUUGGUGGAAAUUCAGCUGGAAGUGAGCCACCAAAUAUUAGUCAAGGGGUGGUAUCAAGAUCGUUAUCAACCAGCUUGCCUUCUCAGCCACAUAAUGCUGUGGUGCAGUGGCAGCAGCAGCCAUUGCCUUCUCAACAGAAGUCUUCAACACAGUCUGUCCUGUCUCAACAGCCAUAUCAGCCAGCAGAAAUACAUCAGCAUCCACAGCAGCAGCAAGAUAAGGAGCGACAUUCUCCCAAAGAUGUGGCUUUGCAACAUCAACCCCAGCAGCAAGUGCAACAUUUACAACCAGGGCAGAGCAGUUUGCUUAUCCGUUCACCUAAUUCUGAAGUGGAAUGAUUUCAAAUGGAUAUAGCUGCUCCAAUUGUGCUUGGUUCUUUCAGGAUUGGGAUCUGUAUGCUCUUUUGUCAGCAGUGUACAGAUGAUGCUGGUUAAUCACAAGGGCUUUGGAUUAUGGAGACAGAUCCAUUGUUUUUUGCAGGUCCUGUUAAAGACUCGACCAAAACUACUAUGGCAGGCGUCAUUCCACACGUUAUUAUUGUUCCAAAAGUCUUGUAUAUUACCACUGCUCUUAGAGGGUUUUUGUUUUGGAAAGAGACGAAUAUAGAGGUUUGUGUACAGGAUCGUCUCUUCUUUUCCCUUGUAGUUUCCCCUCUUCUCAUUUGUUCUUCUGCUAUUGAGCAGAGGAACAUCCUCUUUUUGUUCUACUAGAUUAGUGACUGUAUUAUUGCCCAGUUGAUUGGGAUAGCAAUCAUUUUUAUGAGCAAAAGCCAAUUCAACGUUUUGUGAAUAGAAGAUUUCUGAUGUAUGCACCA